AAAAAGAGACUUUGAAGUAUUUUGUUUAUACUAACAGAAGAGAAAAGUUCUCCUAAGAAAAAGCUGGUGGCAGGAGUGUAGAGGAGUAGCAUAUGGCAUUAAAAGGAGCACAGCUGGAGGUAGCAUUUCCAUCUGAACAUGAUGUCAGAGCAGCUGACAGCCUGCCAUCCCUCAGCCUUUUAUUCUAACACACAGACAGGGAGUUAGUGUGUGCAGAUCUGUGUGUGGAGAAGGUAUCUCAUUCCUCUCUAACAUCAUCUCCACUUUGCAUCUGUCUCUCCUAGUCUGCUUUUUUUCCACCGAUCUAACAGACCUGGAGCCAGCAAGACUCAGAGGAAAGGACUUAAUCAGGUUUAUGUGUACUAAAGGUUAUGAAGACAGUAUGGAGUUUCCUGACCACAGUAGACAUUUGCUACAGUGUCUGAGUGAGCAGAGACAUCAGGGUUUUCUUUGUGAUUGCACUGUUCUGGUAGGAGAUGCCCAGUUCCGAGCGCACAGAGCUGUACUGGCUUCAUGCAGCAUGUAUUUCCACCUCUUUUACAAGGACCAGCUGGACAAAAGGGACAUUGUUCAUCUGAACAGCGACAUUGUUACAGCCCCAGCUUUCGCUCUCCUGCUUGAAUUCAUGUACGAAGGAAAACUCCAGUUCAAAGACUUGCCCAUUGAAGACGUGCUAGCAGCUGCCAGUUAUCUCCACAUGUAUGACAUUGUCAAAGUCUGCAAAAAGAAGCUGAAAGAGAAAGCAACCACGGAGGCAGACAGUACAAAAAAGGAGGAAGAUGCCUCAAGUUGUUCAGACAAAGUGGAGAGCCUCUCCGACGGCAGCAGCCACAUGCCAGGAGACUUGCCCAGUGAUGAAGACGACGGAGAAGAUGAAAAAUUGAACAUCCUGCCUAGCAAAAGGGACUUGGCGGCUGAGCCUGGGAACAUGUGGAUGAGAUUGCCCUCAGACUCAGCAGGCAUUCCCCAGACUGGCGGAGAGGCAGAGACGCACACAGCAGCAGCUGGAAAAACAGUAGCCAGCCCCUGCAGCUCAACAGAGUCUUUGUCCCAGAGGUCUGUCACCUCCGUGAGGGAUUCAGCAGAUGUUGACUGCGUGCUGGACCUGUCUGUCAAGUCCAGCCUUUCAGGAGUUGAAAAUUUGAACAGUUCUUAUUUCUCUUCGCAGGACAUGCUUAGAAACAGCCUGGUUCAGGUGAAGGUGGAGAAAGAGGCUUCCUGUGAUGAGAGUGAUGUUGGCACUAAUGACUAUGAUAUGGAACAUAGCACUGUGAAGGAAAGUGUGAGCACUAAUAACAGGGUACAGUACGAGCCGGCCCACCUGGCUCCGAUGAGGGAAGAUUCGGUCUUGAGGGAGCUAGAUAGAGAGGACAAGGCAAGCGAUGAUGAAAUGAUAACUCCAGAGAAUGAGAGAGUCCAGGUGGAAGGAAACAUGGACAGCAGCUUGCUCCCUUAUGUGUCAAACAUACUUAGCCCCGCUGGCCAAAUUUUCAUGUGUCCUCUCUGCAACAAGGUCUUUCCUAGCCCCCACAUCCUGCAAAUUCAUUUAAGCACGCACUUUCGAGAGCAGGACGGGAUCCGCAGCAAGCCUGCUACCGAUGUCAAUGUCCCGACCUGCUCGUUGUGUGGUAAGACUUUUUCUUGCAUGUACACCUUGAAACGUCAUGAGAGGACUCAUUCAGGUGAAAAACCCUACACUUGCACCCAGUGUGGGAAGAGCUUCCAGUACUCCCACAACCUGAGCCGCCACGCAGUGGUUCACACGCGGGAGAAGCCUCAUGCUUGUAAGUGGUGUGAACGUAGGUUCACACAGUCCGGAGACCUUUACAGACACAUUCGGAAGUUUCACUGUGAGUUGGUGAACUCAUUGUCUGUCAAAAGCGAAGCACUGAGCUUACCUACUGUCAGAGACUGGACCUUAGAAGAUAGCUCACAAGAACUUUGGAAAUAAAAUUUUUAUAUAUAUAAAUAAUAUAUAUAUAAAUCUAUAUAGUUGUGGUACAGUCUAAAAGCAAUCUUGUUUCCUUGAACUGAAAGUUUGGCUAUUAGCUUGUUUUUGCACUUUAAGGCAGCAUGAAUAUUUCACUAAUUUAGCACUCCAAUAAAAAUGAACUGUAGAGGUAAUCCGACAAAGUAACUAAUUGCGGAGCGUAUUUUUCCCCCUUUUCGGAAUAGAAGCCAGCGGAUACUUUACUUCUAAGGAAUCUCCAAUUCAAAAAAUUUGGACGUGGCUUUAUUCUCCCCAAAACACUGCGUUCUUUUAAACUCUUGAUCUUUGUCCCUCUUAAAAUCUGAAUGUAGAAAUCCUCUCCCAAUUUUGUCAGUUCCUUUACAUUUCUAUAAUUGCAUGAGUCCUUUCUAGCUGUUGGAAACCUGAAUGCUUUUAGACCCAAAUGGAAAAUUUCUGAAAUGCUGGAUUAUCUAUUUUUAAACAAGCGGUUGACUUAAAACUUAUUAUGGCAACUUCUGGAUUUCUGACAGUUCCCACUGGAAAAAAAAAACACAAAAAAACCAACACAAAAACAUAAAACAAAAACCCUGAGAGUACACUGGGAUCACUGGGACUCUGUCUUACGUGAAGGUUUGCUUGGGAUGAAAAAGGAUAUUGCAGCUUCAGCAGUGAUGAACUGUGUGUUUAAAAAAUGUGAAUUACUGUUAUUGUAUACUGUAAUUGAUUACAUGGGCCGGGGGGAGGUAUCAAAGAACUUGGCAGGUUGUGUUGAUGCUCUUAGUUGAGUCUUGAAAAGUAAAUAUUAACGCUACAGAAAUGCAUGAUUUUCAGUAUAUUUUUGUCUUUGUUUGCAUUGUAUAACUUUAACGAGUGAGUUGAAAAUUAUUUAAUUUCCUUAGGAAAAAAACCUGACACCGUUGAAAAUGCCAGUGUUAUGAAGACGAGAAAUGCACUGUUUUUAUUUUAUCUAAUUUAAAUUUACUUUCCCACUGUCUUUAAGUUGAGAAGAACUUAAGCUACGAGUUGCCGAUUUAGCUACGUUAACAAGGAGAAAAAUUUGAAUGUUUACAACCAGGCUUUGAGAUUUGCAUGUGCGGUGUGCAUUUACUAACCCCAGACCCCUUCUAAUUGCACAGACCCCACGCCAGCUCCAACUGAGGUGCGUCCAUUUCCCCAGAUGAGCAUUUGUAGGAUUCCUGCUGCACCACUCCACCACAAUAGGUCGUUCUUUUUUUUUUUUUUCCCCCCCGUUGAAAAGAGGCUGUGGACUGAAAAAAAAAAAAAAAAAGCAAAAAAGCCCCGGGCUGAAAGGCCUGGGCAGGCCUGAGUGACAGGGGGGGCCGGGGGGGCCGGGGAAGGACUAUGCGUAUCCAAGCAGCAGAGACUGCAGCCUGACGUGUGGUUUUAAUGACCAACACGCAGGUCAAAAGCAUUUUGCACAGUGUUUGUUUUCCUGUCUUGCACUUACAAAUAAGGUCUAUGGGAGUAGCAUGGAAAACGUUUGCUGUUUUUUCCUUUUUUUUUUUCCCUUUUUUUUUUUUCUCUGCUUUUGUUUAAAAUUUGAUCGCCUUAACUACUGUAAACAUAGCCUAUUUUUGUGCUUAAGAUACUGAAUGGAAAACUCCAUUGUGUAUUGCUGGACUGUUUUGGAAAUAUUUGGUCAAAUGUGUGUUAAUUUGGCUGUAAUGGCAUUUAAAACAAAAAAAAGCUGUGAAAAUGGCCUUGGAGCGUUAUCUUUAGUUACUUGAAUAGUUUCUAGGUUUAAAACUACAUUCUUUUCUUAAGUUAGAAAAGACAAUCAGUGUCUGAGGAAAAUGGACUUUCUCUUGGAUUUUUUUGUGGUCCUCGUGAGUGAUUGCUUUUUUCCUUUCCUUAGUUUCACAUUCUUCUUUUGUUCUAAAACUUAGACUGACAUCUAGCUUUGACAAUCAUAGUAUGUUUUAUUUUCCUGAGGAGGGAAUAACUUAUAAUGCUGUUUAGUUUUGUACUAUUGGUGUGUUGGUGAAUUUUUAAACUGUGUGCUAACUGCAAUAAAUUAUAUGAACUGAGAAAUCAA